AAACCCUGACUGUCAAAAGUACUCAAGAAACUAAAAUUAGUUGCAAAAAUCAUUAACAUCGUAUAAUCUUAUCAGCAGAAAGAUUACUAAUAAUUUUAACUAAAGCACCUGGUGAAUUUUAUUGUAGUGUGGUCGAAUAAAUAGUGUACACACAAAAAAAAACAAGAAUCGGCACCAUUGACAAUAAACAAAACCUCAGACGUUGAAAUGAAAACAGAACCAUCCAGUCCGCCAGCAAAGGAGAAACAAACCUUUACGCGGUGUAACAGUUCCGGUAGUGUGCACAGUACACACACACCGAAUUCAUCGGCUCACAAUACAGAAGAUGACGAUGAUGACAGCGGUGACAACAGCAAAACAACAAUAAGCUAUAAAGAGCGCAGACGAGAAGCGCAUACACAAGCGGAACAGAAACGGCGUGAUGCAAUCAAACGAGGAUAUGACACACUCCAAGAUUUAGUGCCUACUUGCCAGCAAAACGAUUCGUCGGGCUAUAAAUUGAGCAAAGCUACAGUUUUGCAGAAAUCCAUCGAUUAUGUUGGAUUCCUACACAUACAGAAAAAAAAACAGGAAGACGAAUACAGUGCAUUACAGAAAGAAGUGACCGCGCUACGGAUCAUUCAGAAUAGCUACGAAAAUAUGCUGCAAAAUCAACAACAGUCACCCGGACGACAAGAAGCUCGAAUUAGCGACGAAAUGAAAUUUCAAGUGUUUCGUGCCAUCACCGACGAAAUGUUCAAAACAUUCGAAACGCUGCCAAUGAACGACUUUGCCGAACUAACAACGGGCGUCCUGCCUUGGCUGGAGGGCCAUUGUAAACCGCACAUUCUACGGCAUAUCGUCAACCGAGCACUGAUCGAAAUUCAACAGGAAACAUCAAAAACGAAUCAAGAAGAUUGGGGAAACGGCGGAUGUUUAUAGUUGCCCGUUGUUGUGGAUGUGAAUGCGGUUUUUUCAUUUGCAUUUACGGAUAUUUUUGAAAUAUGGACCGAAAUGAUCGCGACACUUCAGAGUAGUUCGAUUUUUCCUGGCUGCACGAAGCCAUGUUUAAGCAUCAAUUAUUUGUUCAAACAUUUUUAUAUUUUAUUGUUGGACCAUACGCCAAUUAAACAAACGUUUUCGGGUGUUA